AUGCCACCCGGCAAGGACGAGAAGGGCACCUACGGGACCGUCUUCAAAGCCAAGAACCGGGAGACCCACGAGAUCGUGGCGCUCAAGCGGGUCCGACUGGAUGACGACGACGAGGGGGUCCCCAGCUCGGCCCUGCGGGAGAUCUGCCUGCUGAAGGAGCUCAAACACAAGAACAUUGUGCGGUUGCACGACGUCCUGCACAGCGACAAGAAGCUGACGUUGGUCUUCGAGUUCUGCGACCAAGACCUGAAGAAGUAUUUCGACAGCUGCAACGGCGACCUGGACGCCGAGAUUGUGAAGUCCUUCAUGUACCAGCUGCUGAAAGGCCUGGGCUUCUGCCACAGCCGUAACGUCCUGCACCGCGACUUGAAGCCUCAGAAUCUGCUCAUCAACCGGAAUGGGGAGCUGAAGCUGGCGGACUUCGGACUGGCGCGGGCUUUCGGCAUCCCGGUACGCUGUUAUUCGGCAGAGGUGGUGACCCUCUGGUACCGCCCCCCCGACGUCCUUUUCGGGGCCAAGCUCUACUCCACCUCCAUUGACAUGUGGUCGGCCGGCUGCAUUUUUGCAGAGCUGGCCAACGCGGGACGCCCCCUCUUUCCGGGCAACGACGUGGACGACCAACUGAAGCGCAUCUUCCGGCUGCUGGGCACCCCGACCGAGGAGCAGUGGCCGGGCAUGACGAAGCUCCCCGAUUAUAAGCCCUACCCCAUGUACCCCGCCACGACUUCGCUGGUCAACGUGGUGCCAAAGUUGAACACGACCGGCCGGGACCUUUUGCAGAACCUGUUGAAAUGCAACCCGAUGCACCGGAUCUCGGCCGAGGACGCCCUGCAGCACCCCUACUUCACGGACUUCUGCCCCCCCUGACGGUCCACUGGACGCAGCGGUGGAGUGCCAGUGGAAGGGGGUGGUCCACC